ACCCCCCGCGGGGGCGCACAUGGACCCCGCCCGAAGCAGCCCGGGUCGCCGGGCGGCGGCGCGAGAGCUACUGCGAGGGGCGGCCGCGGCCGCGAAGGGCCUUCGGGAAGAUCUGAGGGGCGCGGUGGUCCGACCCUGGAUCCCGAAGCAUGAGGGGCCCCGAGAGGAGGCGGCGGCGGGACACGAGAUCCUACUGCCAAAUGAGAGAAGCUUUCAGAAUGCUGCAAAAAGCAAUAAUUUGGAUCUUAUGGAGAAGCUGUUUGAAAAGAAGGUUAACAUUAAUGCUGUGAACAAUAUGAACCGCACAGCCCUGCAUUUUGCGGUGGGGGCGAAUCAUUUAUCCUCGGUGGAUUUCCUGCUUAAUCGUAAGGCCAGGGUGGAUGUUGCUGAUAAGCACGGCUUGACAGUAAUUCACCUUGCAGCCUGGUCUGGAAGUCUUGAGAUCAUGCUCAUGCUGGUUAGAGCUGGAGCAGACCAGAGAGCCAAGAAUCAGGAUGGAAUGAAUGCCCUCCACUUUGCAGCUCAGAACAAUAAUGUACGCAUUGUGGAGUACCUCAUUCAAGAUCUGCACUUGAAGGACCUGAACCAGCCCGAUGAGAAAGGAAGAAAACCAUUUCUUUGGGCAGCUGAGAGGGGCCACAUUGAAAUGAUAGAAAAACUUAUCUUCCUUAAUCUACAUACUUCAGAAAAAGACAAGGAGGGAAAUACUGCCCUGCACCUUGCAGCAAAGCAUGGUCACAGUCCUGCGGUCCAUGUGCUGCUAACCCAGCAGCAAGAAAUAAAUGAGAUCAAUGAGAAUGGAGAAACACCAUUCUUUCUGGCUGUUAAAGGAGGUCAUGAAGAAUGCAGCAAAGUGCUCCUGACAGCAGGAAGUGAUAUCAACAUUCCAAAUAAGCUCAACAUCAGUGCUUUGCAGAUAGCAACCCAGAACGGCCACAUAUCCCUUGUGAGCUGUCUUCUCAGUAAGCAUGUUGACCUGUACCAGAAAGUGGAACCGAAGGAGUCCCCUCUUCAUUUAGCUGUUAUCCACAACCAUAUCACAGUUGUAAAGAGCUUAUUAAGUGCACAGCAUGACAUUAACAUCUUAAAUCAGAGGCAGCAGACUCCUUUGCACCUAGCUGCUGAUCUUGGCCAUGUGGAACUGGUGGACACUUUGCUGAAGGCAGGCUGUGACCUGAAGGUCGUUGAUAAGCAAGGGAAGACUGCCCUGGCCAUGGCCUCCAGAAGCAACCACAGCCUUGUAGUGGACAUGAUUAUUAAAGCAGAGAGAUACUAUGCCUGGAGAGAGGAGCAUGGUGAGAGCAUCAAGGACUCAUCAACCAGCUUUACUUUGACAUUCAAACAAGAUCACAGUCUGGAGACCAGGCAUAUUCGCAGUCUCCUCUGGAACCUGGCUUACCAUCAGCUAAAGGCCAAUGAGUGGCAGAAGCUUGCCCGUUCCUGGAACUUUACAGAUGACCAGAUCAGAGCCAUUGAGGAGCAGUGGUCAGGAAAGGGAAGUUUCCGUGAACACGGCCACAGGGCUUUGCUCAUCUGGCUGCACGGGACCCUGAUGACACAGGCCACUCCAGUCAAGCAUCUGUAUGAAGAGCUGGUACGCGCAGGUUUCCCAGAACUAGCUGAAAAGAUUCGUCAAUUCAAAAAUGAAACUGAUGGGAGGUCCAAGAAAUGUGCAGUUUCGUAAAUG